AUGAGAUCACUUUUCUUCCUUGAUUCUUCUUCCGAUGACGAGCUGCCUGUUAUGUUUCGUAUGGGCGUGGCCCCUCAGCCAAGGCCAGCUGCAGUUAGGUCAUCCUUGGCGUCGUCCUCUGUCGAGUAUUAUGUCUCCAAGCUCAUCGGAGAAGGGCGUCCAGUUCCAGAGGAUGAGCACACACUCCUGGCUUCGUGUUGGCCCGAGCCUCGUCACUUCCACUUAAGGGUGAUUCAACAGGCAGCUCUGGGACAUGACGUCACUGAGCAGAAGUCAUGUCCAAACGCUGGCCAGCAAGCCUCCUGGGAAAGAGAUGGAUGGGAAAAAGACUUUAGAUUUGGAAAUGGUUCCGCUGCGCAAGCUAUUGCAUCAAACCGCUUAUUCAACCCACACCUGAGAGUCUUUGAAAGAGGUUGA